AGGGGAGCGGGCCGGAGCCGAGGCGCAGCGAGCGGCGUCCGGGCUGCGGGCGGGCAGAGAGGUGGGCAGGCCGGCCGGCCGGGGGACGGAGGACGAGCGAGGCCCGCCCGCCCGCGUCGCGCUGGCGCCGGGCGACCCGGCCGAGAUGCCGGUACGGAGCUCCUGCCGCUGCCCGCCGGAGCCGGCCCCGGGAGCCGCCGCCCGCCUGGAGCCGCCGCCGCCCAUCAACACGGCGCAGCCCGGCGUCAGCACCAGCCGCCUGUACAGCGGCGCCAAGUUCCGCGGGCAGCAGCGCUCCAAGGGCAACGCCUACGAGGUGGAGGUGGUCGUGCAGCAUGUUGACAUGGAUAACUCCUAUCUCUGCGGAUAUUUGAAGAUUAAAGGCCUUACUGAGGAGUAUCCAACACUUACGACUUUCUUUGAAGGAGAAAUAAUCAGUAAAAAGCAUCCGUUUUUAACCCGGAAAUGGGACGCAGAUGAAGACGUGGAUCGUAAACAUUGGGGGAAGUUCCCAGCAUUUUACCAGUUCGCAAAAACAUUUAACUCUGAUGAUUUUGAUUAUGAGGAUCUGAAAAAUGACGACUUUGUCUUCAUGAGGUGGAAAGAGCAAUUCCUCGUCCCAGAUCACACCAUUAAAGACAUCAGCGGGGCAUCCUUCGCUGGGUUUUAUUACAUAUGCUUUCAGAAGUCUGCAGCAUGUAUAGAGGGCUAUUACUAUCACAGGAGUUCAGAAUGGUAUCAAUCUCUGAAUCUGACUCACGUCCCUGAGUACAGCGCGCCCAUUUACGAAUUCCGGUGACAGGGAUGCCAAGAGCUUCACCAAGAGAUGGCCAGUGAGGCCGGGGGGUGGGGAGAGAGGAGGCGAGUGCGAGGGCGCAUCUUCUAUUCAGACAACGGGGAUGUCUCAGUCAGGACAGAAGACACCAGGCUCCCCUCUUGCAGGCAUCUGGACCGGCCUGAAAGCACGAAGGGGAAUCCACGGGACUGCCGGAGCCUGAUCCUUCUUCCAGCUGCGUGGCCAACCUGAUUCCGUAGCCUGGCCUCAAGGCUACCGUUCAAUGUCCUUUUCUUUCAAAGCUCGCCUCUCGGGAUCGCUGACAAUCCUUUCCCUCUGCUCCUUUUGUGGGGAGGAAAUGUCCACGUCUCCCCAGACCUCCUUGGAAUAGAAGAGAACAUAAGUUGCUUCCUGCUUAUGUUGCUUCCUCCUUGGCUCUGUGUAGGGGUUCCUCCAGAAUGGGGGCGAGGGGCCUGUCUGGUCUAAGCACUACUUGAGGUUGAUGUGUCUGGCCCACAACUGCAGUGUUUGCUAAGGAAGCAGUUGGUCGAAGGAAGCGGGGCCUGGCUAGGGUGGGAAGAGUAAUCUCCUGCUGGUUUACAAAGCUAAACUUUCUUGCUAGCCAGUCCCAGCAGCGCGAGCUUAAAGCAACCUACAGUGGCAGGAAAGCUACAUAUGCUGAUGCAGAAUUUGCAACAUUAAAUGGAAAAUGUUUAAGGACUUCUUUAAAGUGAGGUGUUUUUAUGGCCCACUUCCUCAACGCUGGCUCAAAGACUUGUGUGAUAACGUGCACAAAUUAUUCUUCAUGAUAAUUUACAAUGGCUGCUUUUUAAUAUUUUUUUUUCUCCCUCUGGUGAAAAUGAGUGCAAGCUCACAUUGAUUGAUGGUGGUGAGCUCUCUUUCUGUAAUUAUCUCACAGUGUUGCCAACUCCUCACGAAGGAAGCGCUUGGUGAUGGUGUGCAAAUUGCGCUUCUGAUGUGCGCGCCAGGUUUACCCUGCAGAAAACGAUGUUCACUCGACUUUAUCAAACCUUCAUCCCCUCCCCGAAUAAACUGGUCUCCUGAGACUUUACAAUGUUCAGUGACUUAAGGCCUCUGCGCCAAACCUCAUGCAUGUUGUGAUAGUAUAAAAGUAUGGCUGUCCUGUUUCCUAGGGUGAGAGGCUUCUGCAACUUGCUUCUCUGCAUCGCUGAUGGGGGUGGGUGGGACACGAUGCAGCUUGUGAACUGGGCAUGCUGUCCUCCUUGCUUGCUUGUUUGCUUGUUUCAAAAUGCCUAGAAUCCACCCCCUGCCCUCCUGUCUCUCCCUCAGGUGCCUUGGACUUUGCAGUGUCUGGCAAUGGACAGGGACAGAAUGUCCCCAGUGGCCAAAGAUACAGGUUAUGGUUGCAUUCUCUUUGAGGCUCGGCCUUCCUGUGUGGCAGGAUCAGAAGCGCUCAUAGUGGUGGUAAUUGGGUGGAGGAAGAAUUUCUCUGUCUCCAGCACUGUGUGUAUGCCACAGUCCUGUGGAGGGUGAGGGAAUAAAAAUGACAGGUUGCGCUCUUGAUGUAUGGAAUUUGCUUCCUGGUUUUACCUGCCUUGAAUGAUGGGGUCAAAAAGUGUUGUCGCUUGCGAAAUAGAUUGCUGAAAAAAAGAACUUGAAAGUGGUAGGUUGGGGCAGUGUCUUCUCUGUGGCUCUUUGUUCUUCCUGAUAGCGAGCCAAGCUGGAAUAAAUAAUGGAAAAGAAGAUAAAACUCUAUUUUGACAUGUGGAUUGCAGAACCCUACUUUCUUUAAAAAAUAAAAUCAGAAUUUGGCUUGUUAAGACAUAGACUAUUUAAAAGAAUAACCACCAGCCUACCCUAUACUGUAUCCUUCGGCACAAGGUAGCUGUGCAUUUUAAGGUGGGCUCUUUGCUUCUCUUAGCCACAGUGUAAAGCAGAGGUGUCCAUCCUUGGCAAGUUUCAGACCUGUGGCUGGCUGGGGAAUUCUGGGAGUUGAAGUGUCCCCCCCCCCGGUCUUAAAGUUGCCAAGAUUGGACACCUCCUGGUGAGCGCUGGGUGUGCGUUUGCAGAGCCUAAUUGUUUAACUCAAUGAGAGCGCAUGGGUGUCGGAGCAUGCCAGCUUCAAACCAAGCUUUUCCAUCAGUCAGGCAGAAAACCCAUUUAGCCCUCAUGCAAUAUAUUCACGCCCAGCCACAAAGGUAAGAAGAGCAUCCUACAAAAUCCCCAAAGCCUCUUUCCUCUCUUAAAAAUCACAACUCCCUGCCUUCUGCUUCUCCCACUGUUUCUGGGCAAAUUCAGCCUCUUGUGGAGAAGGAGUAGUGCCUGUAGGUGGAUAGGCACCAUACCUACCUGUUCCAGGUGCGAGUGAUAACUUUCCUAUAACCUUUGGAGCACGGGAGAAAAAUGGUUGAAGGGUCACAGCUUGCCAGGGGAAGCUAAGUUAAAGGGUUUUCCAGAGCCAUUGCAGCCAAUGAGGCUGAACAGUGAAACUUAAAAGAAUUAAACUUUUAUGGUAGAAAUGAUCUUAAAAGGGCUGGCCAGAGAAAACAUGAGAAUUUACUGUGUGUGUGUGUGUGAGAGAGAGAGAGAGAGAGAGAGAGAUUGCCUCUAUUUCAGCACCUCCCCUGUAACAUACAGGAAGAAAGUGAAAGUGAGGCUAGUCCUGUCCACACUUUGCAGGACAAACUCUUGGUUGCUGCUCCUUGGGUUGUGCUCGCUUUUGGCGUAGGACCCUGCUUUGGUGCACUAACAUGCUUGCACUUGAGAUGAAAUAGGUGGGAAUUAAAUUGGUGUACAGGAAGCAACUUUUCUUUUGAAAGUAGCCUUCCCUCCCCCAUCGCCAUUAAACUGAAGAGCUGUUGCCUCUGGGUUUGUUGAGAAAACCGGACAAAGCUUGUCAAAGAGGACUUCAAGGAUGGGAUCUUCCAAAAUGUAUAGAAAGGAUUUUAUAUAAAGUUAAUCAGAGUAUUAAAGAGUAUUUAUAGAUGAAUUGCAGAAAAGAGACUGGGUUUUUUUCUUCCAGAGUUAUGUGUCCCAAAUAAAAGAAUGUGUAUUUAAAAAGUA